CAUGGUGACUAAAGUAGAUCACGUGGAAGGCAUUCAUGGGCCUGAUCCGAGACAAAGGAGACGAGGAAAGACAGUCUUGAUACAUGCUGCUACCAUCUUCUUCAGAGACAAAUUCACAUCACCAGUCCAAUCCCUGUGAUCUAGUACUAUCUUGAAAACACAGCCCGUCCAGUGUCUGAUAUUGGGACCUUUGGCCUGUUCUCGACAACAAACGGACGCGUUGCUGUCCCAGCGGUAACCGGGACAAGGCCGAGGGAGCAAGGCUUAGGUAGAUGGGGGAUCAGACCCUCAGAGUACAUCUGUUGAGCCGUCAUGCCUUCAGUAGCUCCGUAUAGAAAUGACACGAACAGCGUGCUUCAACAGAUUGUCACGUCGUCUUCAGAAGCGGACACGCUGGACCAAUUGAUUCCAUAUAUCAAGGACUACAGCUAUGGCAACAAGACGUCGCACCUGCUCAGCCAGCUCUCGGAGCUCGCCGCAGAGCGGGAGGCCGAGAUUGAACGGCAAUGCAACAGCAACCACCAAGAGUUUGUCAAAUCCGUGAAUCAGCUGCUCCGGAUCCGGGAGGGAACGGUGACGCUGACCAACGAGAUCCUGGAGCUGAAUCAAUCUAUUCAAACCAGCACGGAGAAACUGGUCGAGCAGAAGAAAGCCCUGGUGGAAUCGCGCGGGGUGAGACAGAACAUCGACGAGGCCAGCCAUGCACUGCAAGAUUGCCUCGAGGUGCUUCGACUGGCGAACCAGGUGCAAGAACUACGCGACCAGAAGAAGCACUAUGCGGCCCUGCGCGCCCUGGACGAGCUGCAGAGCGUCCACCUACAGAGCGUGACGCAGUACAAGCUGAGCGAACUGAUCCAGAAAUCCGUGCCGGCGACGCAAAAGUCGAUCGCCGAAGCGGUCAUGGCCGACCUCAACACCUGGCUAUUCCGGGUACGUGAAAUGUCGCAGUACCUGGGCGAACUGUCCUUCUACCAUACCGAACUGCGCAAGCAGCGGCUCAAGGAACGGGCCGAGAAGGAUCCGUAUCUGGCCAACUUCAAGCUGAACUCGGCCAUUGAACUCGUCGGCGACGAGCAUGAAGAGUUCGAUCUGCUCAAGAGCGAAGAUCUCGAGGUCGACUUCUCGCCACUGUUCGAGGCACUGCACAUCCACCGGUCACUGGGCCAGAUGGACAAGUUCAAAGCCGACUACAGCAGCAGCCGACGGGCGCAGCGCGACCUACUACUACAAAACUCGAUUUCGCUGGUCGACGAAGAACUGGGCGAUCUGCACAAUUUACUCGAAGACAUCGCCGGAUUCGCCAUCAUGGAGCGGGCGACGAUGAAGAAAGUGCCGGAUCUGCGAUCCCCAACCGACGUGGAAGAGCUGUGGGAUUCGCUCUGCCAGACGGCCAUCUCGCUCAUGUCCAAAGUGCUAUCGGAAGUCGACAACGCCGAACACCUGCUGAAGAUCAAGAAUUUGAUUUCCGUGUUCAUGCAGACCAUGAACACGUUCAACUACAACACGGCGGCCAUGUCGAAUUUCGUCCUGGUGCUGUUCGACAAGUACGCCGAGCUGCUGAAGCAGCGGUUCAGCGAGGACUUUGUGGAAAUUGUGUCCACCGACGACUACAUGCCCAUGCCAAUCCAGAACGCCGAGGAGUUUGAAAAGGUUGUCAACGUCUCGUGGUACACACCGGACCGGCCCGUGCAAGAAAUGACAUUUCCCACCGUCUUCCCCUUCUCGCAAAUGUAUCCGCUGUGCUGUAUCGACAUCCGCAACUUCGUCAACCAAUUCUACUUUUUCGCGGCGCAGGAUGACACGACGCCGUCGCCACUGUCGAGCAAGAUCGACGCCGAACUGCUGACUUCGCUCGACGACCUGCUCACCACCAAAGUGUGCGCAAGCCUCGUGUCCAAGUUAUCCUCCCAGUAUCUAGGCCAGAUAGUCCAGAUCCUAAUUAAUUUGUCUCAUUUCACAACCGCAUGCCACGAACUCGAGACACUACUCGCCACAGCUCGCACAACCUCAUCUGGCUUCUCAUCCGCUACCAAUUCCAACAAUAGCAACUACCUCGGCCCGCCCAUCACACUCCGGGCGACAGCACAGUUUUCCACACACCAGAAAACAGCCGAAAACCGAAUCUUCGAACUCGUCAACAGCAAAGUAAGCGACCUGAUCGAAACAGCCGAGUACGACUGGCUGAGCCGCGACGCGCCCGUCGAGCCGUCCAACUACAUACUGACCGUAACGCGAUACCUGUCCAACAUCAUCAACUCGGUAUUAUUGUCGCUCCCAUCAUCACUGAAAGAUCUCAUGCUGUUCAACGCCGUGUCGCACACGGCCAGCUCGAUAUUAGCCCUCCCGCUCGCCGACAACGUCGACCGCAUCACCACGCCCGCAAUCGCCCAGUUGUCCAUGGACGUCGACCAUUUCCGCAGCUACGUCGAGACGUUACCCAAUAAUUCGAUCUUGCUGGAAUCCCUCGACGAGCUCAUCCAGACCGUCGCCCUCAUGGCUACCGAUCAACCUGACGAGUUCUACGACAUUUCGCUGCGCAACAAAAAGUAUCGCAAUGUCGAUCCACUCAAGGGCCCGCGUCUGCUUGAAAAGGUCGUCCAUAUCAAUACUUUCCACUCUCCUACUAGCACAGGAGGCCAUGAUCGCAAUGCUAGUUCCACUAGCGGGAGUGGUGCUGGGUCGAGCUCCAUGCAGAGUCCUGGUCUGAGUCACCAUGGGAGUAAUUCCUCGAGAACUCCGAAUACCUUUGCUGCCUUGCAGAAUCGCUUCAUGCAUGGCGGGAGAUGAUUGUUGUACGACCAACAUCGGUCUGUCUGUCUGUCUGGGUGAUUGUCUGUACAGCUUGACUGUUCAUUUUUGGUUAGGGUACGACAGUAGUGGGUAGAGUACUGUACAAUUGUUUGAGCGCGAAAUGUAAUUGGAAAUUCCGUGCCUGCUACCCGAGAGAUACCUCAGUGUUGAUCUAGUUAGUCUCUGUGCAAUGGUUUCAGCCCACAGAUAGGUGCACGUAUACUACUGCAGCUACCUGGUACAAAUGCCUUGUAAUGGGAUAAGCAAUGGUCAACACGUCGCAUUGCAUUGCCUCAAACCUACAACGUAAAGUUUCUCAUUUUACUCAAAACCUUUGUCUGUUGGCACUGGAGAAAGACUGCAGUGGCGCCCCUGGAACAUAGUGGCUGAGUCCCGGAGAAGCAAAACUCGAGGAAGAAAAGCAAUGUAGUAAUACUACAUAAUGAUAAACAUAUUUUGCAUGACUUCAAAGAUAA